GUCUAUGCAACCUCUACAUGCGUUAAUCUGUGUUAUAGCUUUUUGCGUCAUUUGGAUUUCAGAUCUGAUUGAAUUCAGUUUUCUUUUCCGUUGCUUUCUUUCUGGAUAGACAUGCCUAAUUUCAAAUCAGUUUCCGAUUUCCUGAAGGCUGUGCAGGAAGGGGAGACAUACGUGCGAAAUGCUGGGCAUAGCAGGUACGUUGAUUUGCUUGAAUGGGAGCGUUCUCUUCUCGGGUUGGGGGAGAUGAAUUUGCUCAGGGAUUUCGGGUUUCAUGACAAGUUUGUGUCCAAAUCUUUUGACUCGGGUUUCGAAGUUGCGUCGUAUUCCUUAGCAAAACCGCAGGAUGAAUUGCCAUGGGAGGAGGGAUCCCUAAGCAGCAGCAAAACUUAUGCCGAGGACUUCCUGAUGGAUCCGGUCUUGAUGUUGAAUGCGCGCCAGGCCGUAGUUUAUGUUAGUACUGACCUAAGGCAUAUGUUUCUCAAAGGGUACCUCAUGGCCCAGAGCUUCAAUCUGGCAGUGACCUCUGGUAGGACCAAAUACAAGUUCAAUGCUCUUGCUGCCAAGAUGUACCGAAACCCAAAGCCCAGCACUAAGUUGGCCAAGUUGAUGAAGAACAGUUUGGUGGUGGACGUCGCUCACUUUACGAGAGAGCAAGUCUGGUUGAUUGUGGAGAUGUGCAAUGAAUACCCAGCUAAGAGGUUUGGUCCUGCAAACAUCUACAACAAUUUGAGCUUGGCAGCUGAUGACCUGGUUCUGUUUUGCGACGAUUGGUUCCAGCAGGGAGAAGAUCCGGGCUAUGGGAGUCCCGAGUUGAUGUGGAACGAUAUUGUGAACAUAGCUCUGAAGUUUGAGGCGCUGGACGAUUUGGGGCAUGUCGUUUCUUCUUUUCGUGGUGUGCCGGGCAUAUUGAGAAGCGUCAACAGAUGGUCGGGCGAGGACAGUUUUCCCCUUGAAUACCCACUCAGCUUUUCUAUCAGUUUGGGUGUUAAGAGCACAUAUUCAAUCACUCCUGCUGUGACCGGUUACGCUGAUUAUUUUGCAACCAGCAAGUGUUUGGUGGCUGACCUGCUCUUAAGCCAGAUGAUGGUUCUGAGCUUCUUUAAUGUGAUAGAAGAUAUAGGAGGGUUAGGGUCUCUAUGCGUCCCAACGGGGAAUGCUAAAACGGAUGCCUUGUUCAACAGUGUUCUUCGGAAUCACGGGUUGAGCAGCGAGGUGGAUGGAGACAACUGCAUCUAUGAAGAGUGGAAGGCGAUCCGAAAGUGUGAUAUUGUUAGGAUUUUAAGCGCGUAAGAUACCGAAAAAUAUUGAGAACACCAGAAAAAUGAGAGAACAAACACAAGAAGAAUAUAUGAGAGAAAAAAUUAUAUUUCCACUAUUUCAGGACAAUAUACAAAAAACUCUCCCCUGUUUACAAGACUAAAUUUCAGAUACUCAUAAACAGAUCUUUCACAU